ACCGUUGGCUGGUCGCAGGGGGUGGGGCGAUUGCAGCCCUGUCAACGCAACACGACCCCAAGGCGGACAGAGGCCACCGCUGCAUGUGCGGCCACCGUCACCAGUUAUGCCACCGCUGGUGGCGGCAAUAAUGUCCCGGUGGGCUUCGUGGCUGCUGCGGAAGCAGCUCUUGAGAACCCGACCGGCUCACGCUCUGGCGAAAGGAGAUCCAAGUCCUCCUCUCGCAGACGUUCCCGGAAUGCUGCUCAUCUUCCCACGGAGGAGAGUGGAAGCAGUGAAGUGCGCGUGAAUGUCUCAGAAACCUCUUCGUCUGAUUGGUUUAGUGAGGCCUUUUCUUCAGGUAAUGCAAAUACCUGCAAAGCGAAUGUUCUCUUUAAUUCCCCCACCUUUCCGUUGCUCAACGAACCCUCCCCUCCCCCGGGUGCUUUUUCAGAUAAGCACAUGGAAAUCCUACGGAUUCGGCUAACACGACCCUACCCCUCCUGUCCCUGGGGCAUCAUCAUUUCGGGCACCGAUGAUGUAAACGAUGCUCCUGUAGUAAUUGACUCCCUUACACCCGGCAAGCCCGGCGCUAUUAGCGGCCUCCUCCGACCCGGUGAUCAGAUUCUUGCAGUCAAUGAUGUCAGCGCUACCCGUGGACUUACACUCUCUCAGGUUAUGGCCCGACUUCAACUGCCCUCCGAACAGGUCCUCUUCUACAUUGCGCGUCCAGUCGGCGAAGCAGCUCGCCACCUUAACACCUCCAGAGCCUGUUCUACUCGGGGUGACAGUACGCCACAGCUGCUGAGUGUAAAACAGCAAUCCUCCUCAGCGGUGAGUCGGCAGACGUUUUGA